GUUAUUAUCAACUUUAAAGUGAUAUCUAAAGUUAAAAUACAACAUAUUGAUGUUAAUAAAUUAAUUCUCAUGACCUCUACAUACCUGAAAAGAGCAUGACAUCUGUUUGUUUUAUAGAAUAAAAUAGAAACUUAUCUUUUUGUUUUAUUUGCUGGAUAGAAACACAGAUUCAUAAACUUUUAAUCAUAAUGGAGGGUGGUGAGUGGAGAAAGAAUAUUAUAAGUCAAUUACAACAAAGGAAUAAGCAGGAGACUGUGGCGUUUCAAGACAUCAUUACUUUUCAGAGCAGAUUGUUUGAUAAUGUAAACACUUUGAAGAAUGAGAAUUUACAGCUAACAUUAUUAAAUGAAAGAAUAAGAUAUUCCACAACAGAAAGUGUUUCAUCUGGUGGUGCAGUAAAUGAAAAAGUCCAAGCCUUAGAAAAGAAAAUAUUAUUGUUACAAGAAGAGUUAACAUCAUUACACAGACGGAGAGGAGAAAGUGCUCAGCAAAUAAUAAACUUUAAUGCGCAAGUCAAUGAGCUAGAAAAGAGUGUGCAAGCAAAGGACAUUAUUAUUUCAGAGAACACAGCGCUAAUAGCAUCCUUGCGAGCUGAAAUACAGUUGUAUGAAACCAACAUGGCGGAAUUGCAGGGAUUAAAUCAAGUCUUGAGAGAUGAACACCAAGCAUUACAGAUUGCCUUUGCAGCUAUAGAAGAAAAGUUGAGGAAAGUCCAGGAUGAAAAUCGUGCUCUUGUAGAAAGAUUAAUCAAAUAUAAAGCGAAAGAUGCCGACAAAAUGAACGAGGAAAAUGAACAUUUUCUAAAGUCAAGCCCUUCAGCGUUUUUCAUCAACACGUUUGGUAGAGUUAGUUUCGGGAAAAGGAACGACAAGAUACGGAAAGAUCUAGAAGAGGCGGCUAGAGAAGGGGGCAGCAGAAGUAGUGGGGGUUCGGCUAGUUCGGCAGAAGACAAAAUGGGCUCGCUACCUUACUAUGUGCUUCCAGACAAAGUGGCCUUAAGAUUUGACGCACACGAUGGUGACGUGAACGCAGUAAAGUGGAGUCCGACGGAUCGACUCGUCGCGACCGGCGGAGACGACAGGAAAGUCAAACUGUGGGAUGUUUCUAAAAUGGGCAUGGUAGAGAGUAAAGGCGCACUGGUCGGUUCGAACGCGGGCGUCAUGUCAGUGGACUUCGACUCGACGGGCGCGUACUUAGUUGCCGGCUCCAACGACUUCGCCAGCCGAGUGUGGACGGUGUCCGAUCAGAGAUUGAGGGACACAUUCACGGGUCACAGCGCGAAGGUGAUGGCGGCGAAGUUCCUCGGCGAACCCACCAAGGUCAUCACCGGCAGCCACGACAGGACGCUGAAGAUAUGGGACCUCAGAAGUAGGAGUUGUACGCAGACGAAAUUCGCAGGAUCGAAGUGCAACGACCUCGUGACGUCGGACGGCGCCGGAUCCACCAUCAUCUCCGGACACUUCGACAAGACGAUACGGUUCUGGGACAUCCGCAGCGAGAUGUCCGCCAACUACAUCACGCUGCAGGGCAGAAUCACCUCGCUCGACCUCAGCAGAGAUAACAAUUACCUACUAGCCUGUGUAAGAGACGACACUGUACAGCUCAUAGACUUACGGAUGGUUUCCAUAGUGCGACAUUUUAGCCACGACGCGUUCAAAGUGGGGUGCGAUUCUUCGCGCGCCUCUUUCGGCGUGGGCGGGCGGACGCUGGCGGUGGGCGCGGCGGACGGCGCCGUCUACGUGUGGAACACGCACUCCGGCCGCCUAGAGACCGUGCUUAGGGAUCACACAUCGGCAGUGACGGCGGUGUCGUGGCAUCCGCAGUCGGGGCUGCUGGCGUCGGUGGACUGCAAGAAGAAGGCCGUCAUCUGGGGCGACUUGUGACACGCGUGGGACAACCUCCCCCUCCCGCCGGAUAAAGAGACGCCGUCUACGGAUCUGCCUGACAAUGAGAGCCCUGAAGUGUUUGAGUUCUUCAGAGGUUUCACUACGGACAUUCUGCACAAGUUUUCUUAGUGAACUGAUCAGUGCGGUCGAGUCAUUGACAUUGAAGUAUGGCUCUUCACACCGAAAGCGUUGUCGCUGAUGUUCGAUUCACGAUAUUGUGGUGAUGCGUUGAUUUUCCACACAAUCACUUGAGUGAUACUGAGUACAUGAAUAUUAUCAUGUAUACUUAUUUAAUUUUUAAUUUAUUUUUGAUACGUACUAGAGAACGUUUCAUAUUUAAAACGGAAAUGGAAACAAUGAAGUUAUGACAUUUUCUUCAAAUAUUACAACAAAUAUUUAUUUUCUUACUCUAACUUUUUCCUAAACGGUGAUAGUACAUAAAUAGUUUAAAAUUAUUAUAAUAUGUUAUAAUGUUAUAUUAUAAGACCUUAGUGUUUUGAUGUGUCUCGAAAACGCAAGUCACAGUCAGUAUGAACGUUCUUAACAUUCGUUAUAAACCAAACUAUAUUGUGAGGGAUUAAAAAAACUUGUUUUAGCCAAGUGAUACAAAUCAAAAUCGAAAUUUGAUAAUACCAUGUUGUAAAUAUUAAUUGGCAUGUAAAAAAGGUGCUAUCUUAGAUAUAUUCGUUGAUGUAAUUAUUGUGCUUCUACUAAAAGCGCUCGAAUCAUGUAAUAAAUUAGAUAUAAAUAAAAUUUAAAUUAAAUUAAUGUAAAAACUGAUGUAGUCAAGAUAAAACAGUCAAAAGAAACGUAAUGUUAAGAAGUUAGCGAUGUAGUCUCGAAAAGUUGUAAUUUUGCACUAAAAAUGUUUAAUAUUGUGAAAUUAAUUUGGCCAAAGUAAAGUCAGUAAAAUAAUAAGGUCUCAACUUAAGUCAAAACUUUUAAGUGCAUUAUAUAUUUAACUAUUAAAAACUUUUUGAUUUCAGCAAAGUUUUGUAUAAUUGUACCUCAGAUCAACCCACAUGUACCAGUUUAGCUUUAUACCCAGACUGGUGUAUAUGGGC